AUGCGUGUAUCAUUUUGGCGAGCAUGUUCAGUGGCUUGUUCAUUGAUAUGUUUCAUGUGGUUAAUGGCAAGCGGGGCAAAGAGGAAGGAACAGUAUUUCAUUGGGUCAUCGAAGAACAUGGUGAAAAGUGUAAGACAUGGAAAAUAUAAGUAUGUAGGUAAAAGAAAGGGACAACGAAUUUUUGGAAUUCCAAGAAUGUACAAAUGGCUGACAUCCUAUUACCCUACAGUUAGGGAGGAGCUAAUGACAAAUGAUGGACAGAAGGAAGUGGAUAUUUUUUAUGUAGACAUGAAUGGAGUAAUACAUCAUUGCACACAUGCAAACAAGGAGACUCUACCUGUGCAUGAUGAGCACGAGCUUCUAUCAAAUAUUUUGAAGUACCUGAAGAAUCUGUUUCAUUUAGUGAAACCAAGGAAGUUAGUUUAUGUCGGGGUGGACGGGGUGUCUCCAAAGGCAAAGAUGAAUCAACAGAGGAAGAGGCGCUUCCUCAGUUUGUUCAAAGUUAGUGAUAAUUCUAACGGGACUAACUUGUUCAACCCUAACUGUAUCACGACCGGUACAGACUUCAUGUACAAGAUUAACCUCUCCCUGAACAAGUGGUUCCAGAUUUUGAAGAAGAAGGAAAUUUUUCCCUUCGACGUGAUUUUCUCCGGCUCCGAUGUGCCCGGGGAGGGUGAGCACAAAAUUCUCAAGUUCAUUCGGGAGAACUGCAAGCGCGACGUCGCCUUCCGAAAUUACAGUCAUUGCAUCUAUGGACUGGACGCAGAUCUCAUCAUGCUAUCACUCGUUACGCACCUUAACAACAUCUUCAUUCUGAGGGACAAGUACAAAAUGACCAACGACUCGCAGGUCACGCUCUUGGAGAAUUUUGAGAAGGCGCAGCGGGAUUUCGAUCAGGCGAAGGAGUCGCAAAAUACCUAUCAGGGGGGCGACAUGGACAAAACCAAUGAGCGUGACAACGUGGACAAUACGAAUGAGGCGGAUUCCAGUUUGGAUUCCGCUCUCCCCCCCGCGCAGAGAAACCCCUUCUGCAGAAUCCACCACUACACACAGGAUUACUACGUGAACUGCGAACCACUGAACAGUUACGAUUUUGAAAUAUUGGAUGUGUACAAAUUACGCAAUUCUAUAAGAACCCAAAUAGCAACCUACAUAAAUAAGUUGAAAAAAGAAAAAAAUGUCAUCUUCAACAUUAGUCGUGUAGUGGACGAUAUAGUUUUCCUCUCCUUCUUGGUAGGGAAUGACUUCCUCCCACAGAUCCCACAUAUCGACAUUAAUGAAGGCUCCAUGAAUGAAAUUCUUAAUGCCUAUAUAUACUACAUAUACAGAUACAACAAUUAUAUUACCCUUAAGGAUAAGGUUCACAUACAGAGACUUAAAAUUAUUUUGAAAAUUUUAAGCGCUCAAGAAUUUUCUUAUUUUUUAAAAAGAGGAAAUGAAGAAAAUAUUCUUGAGUUCACUGAUGAACGCAGAUAUAAGAGUUACUACUAUCUGCAGAAGUUCGGAGUCGAGGAUCCGAAACAGAUCCAACACAUUGUGAAGAAGUACAUCGAGGGUCUUUUCUGGAAUCUGCACUACUACCACUUUGGCUGUGCCAGUUGGUGUUGGGAGUACCCCUACCACUACGCGCCCUUGUGCAGCGAUUUAUUAUCCUUUGAGAAAUCCGAUUUUUUUUUCGAAAAGGGAAAGCCCUACUCGGCGUACACGCACCUCAUCAGCGUUCUUCCGCAGAAGGACAACAACCUCCUUCCCGAGGCGUACAAGAAUAUCUACUCCGAAGACGAGGUGAAGUCCUUCUUCCCAGAGAACGUUCGAAUCGAUCCCAAUGGAAAAAAAGAAACUUGGGAGUACAUCGUACACCUCCCCUUCAUAAACUGCAACACGAUAAACAAGAUAAUUACGGAGCGCAGUAAAAAGAUUUCGAAGCUCAAAUACAAGUUGAGAGAACUCACUGGACGGGAGCACAGAUACUAA